AUGUUCAAAAGAGAACAGCGGAUGGUCCGCGGUAAGCAGCAGAAAGCUUCCCUCUCACGCAAGAAGCAGCGCAAAGCUUCUAAAUUUGUGAAGGUGAGAGGAGCUCGCAAUCCCACGCGUCUUUCAGCCGCAAUUUACAACAAGCUGAAGCAAGCAGACUCUGCAUUGGCCAACGACCCUAACCGAAGGGAUAAAGUCAAUCAGGUUUAUGGCCGCUUGAUGUAUUUGCAGUCGAGAAUAGACGAGCUAUUGCUUGCGGGCGAAGAAGGUGAUGCUUCUGAGUUGUUUGAGCUCGAACAGGAGCGGGAUGACACCAUCAGGGAGUUUUCAUCCCGCGUUGAGGGUACCAGCCGCAGAGCUGCUAUCGAUUCUUACGUUCCUAGUCGCAGACAGCGAUGGGCGGACAUGGACGAUGAUGACGACUUCGACAACGGUCACGUAUGGGACGAGAGCGUUGUCAUUGAAGCUUCUUUCUCUGAUGCCAUUGAAGAAGCUACGGAGGAGUACUCUGUCGUCCAGCCAAUGCCGUGCGCCGAAGGCGUUCGCCAGGUCCAUGAGUUGGAUACUGAAGCCCCUUGGACCUCGACCGUCACGCCAGAUGAGCUGGCUGACGAUCUCCCUGUAUUGGCGCCGAAUGGUGCGAAAUGGGUCGUUUGCACUGAUUUCUACACUAUGCAGAAGUCUUUGCUUGACCUCCCUUUGUCAACCGACAGCCAAGUCAUCAUGUCCGAGGUCAGCGUCUUUGUUGACGACGAGCAUGACGUCCGCGUUUUCAACCCGCUGGGCGUAUACAUUGGCCGUAAGACCAAGUGGAGGUUCGAUGGCAGCCAUUUUCUCGAGUUUGAUGAGACUGGGAAGGCCAAAGCAUCAGAGAAAGUUGCCGCUAGUGAUGACACAUCCAGCGGUAAUCAGAAGAGCACCAAGCCCUAUUAUAAGGACAAUGUCUUCACUCCCGAGUCAACGAUUCGAGCGCGCACUCCUUUGCUUGCCAAUCUCGACGAGAAUGGCAAAUACAACAUCACAGGUGAUGUGCGAGACGCCGCUUUGAAACGUUUUCUUUCUGACGACGGAGUUUUCGCUGAUCUUAGCGUCCUUUACAACAUGCCCGUGGGGUGCAUUACCUCACAGCCAGAGUGGGCUUUGUACGAGGACUAUAGGUCGUACGGCGACUUGCAGUUCUUAGAGCCGGAUGACAUCAUGCCUGGAGCCGACGGGUCAGCCAUUUUCCGACACGUUGGCCAUGCUAAAGCGCUUCCGAAAGCGCCAGGCAAUGAUGAGCCUCUGAAGCCAUCACGGCGGUAUCAUUCAGCAGUAGCCAAAGUUAUGAAGAACGCUACUGCGAAGAUUGCCCGUGAAUUAGAGCGGACGAUGUCGAGCAGGACUUGGAUGUGGAAUAUGCUCUCCUUCAGAACUGGGAGGAACUUCAAGAGAGGCACGGGGGCCGUGAGUACAGUUCCUGGCGCGAACUUUGAGGAGUAUGAAGGUGUCCGUCUGGGGUCUGUCAAACUUCCUGCUGGACUACAUAUGACGAUACGAUUCUGA